AAAAUUUGGGCUUGGGCUUUUUUGUUGGGUCUGUUGUCAUGGGGUGAAUGUGGGUAAUUUUCAACACUUGCCCGGCCUGGGCCCGUCAACUUGUCAGUUCAGUCUAUUAGGAGUUAAAAAUUUGGGCUUGGGCUUUUUUGUUGGGUCUGUUGUCAUAGGGUGAAUGUGGGUAAUUUUCAAUACUUGCCUGGCCUUUAUGGUCAUUUCAGUGGAGAUCCCUAGCUGCCCAAUCUCCUAUAUAUACAUCACUAUCACCACAUGCCUCUCUCCGGUUCAGCACUCUCUACUUGGCUUCAUUCACACUGAGAGACUAAGUGUGAAAAGCAAUGGACCAGAGUGGAUCUGUUCCCUCAGGAAGGAAGGCCAAGGAUGUUAAGGUUCCUGACCAGAGUGGAUCUGGAAAUCCCCCAAGAAGGAAAGCCAAUGAGGUUAAGGACCAGAGUAGAUCUGGAAUUCCCUCAGGAAGGAAGGCCAAGAAGGAUGUUAAGGAUCCUGACCAGAGUGGAUCUGGAAAUCCCCCAGGAAGGAAAGCCAAUGUGGUUAAGGACCAGAGUGGAUCUGUUCCCUCAGGAAGGAAGGCCAAGGAUGUUGAGGUUACACUGACCAGAGUGGAUAUGGAAAUCCCCCAAGAAGGAAAGCCAAUGAGGUUAAGGACCAGAGUAGAUCUGGAAUUCCCUCAGGAAGGAAGGCCAAGAAGGAUGUUAAGGAUCCUGACCAGAGUGGAUCUGGAAAUCCCCCAGGAAGGAAAGCCAAUGUGGUUAAGUUUCUUUGUUUUCGGGAGUAACAAGAUUAACAUCAGUUUCUUCGGUUACUUUCCCCGGAUGACUAAGAUGUAA